ACGUCCUCUGAUUCUAAGCGCGCAUGCGUGGCUCCAGGAGCACGCAGUGUGGCGAUCGGCGGUGCGGUGUGUCCCUCGGAUCACAGCGGAUCACCAAUCAACAGAAAGAGCCAAAGAUGGCUCGGUCAUGUGAUCAGUUGUGUCCAAUCACAGCUGAUCACAUCAGUGCCACCUGUCAGUGUCCAUCAGUGCCAGCUGUCAGUGCUCAUCCAUGCCACCUGCCAGUGCCCAUCAGUGCCACAUUUCAGUGCCUACCAGUGCAAAUCAAUGCCACAUAUCAGUGCCCAUCUGAGCUGCCUUUCAGUGUCACCCAUCAGUGCCAGUCAUUGCCACCUAUCAAUGCCAGUCAGUGCCACCUAUCAGUGCUGCCAAUCAGUGCCACCUAUCAGUGCCAGUAAGUGCCGCCUAUCAGUGCCAGUCAGUGCUGCCUAUCAGUGUGCAUCAGUGCUGCCUAUCAGUGCCCGUCAGUGCUGCCUAUCAGUGCUGCCUAACAGUG